AUGAUCGCCUUCCUUAUUGUCGUCGCCUUACUGCUCCCAACAGCCUGCUGCACCUCAUCGGCGCACAGUGUACCGUUUUUCGAUCUCACUAAUGCUACGAGCCGAUUGCGGUUCUCAACGGACGAUUCGCUAGUGUUACUACACAGUUACGGAUUGUAUGUUUUGCUCGGAGGGAGGAACGCAGUGUUCAAUGUGAGUAUCGCUCCUUUGUCCAUUGCAUUCAAGUACGACUGGGCCACAUCCAGUAACGAUCGCUUGGAAUGCACGAAGAAAACCACAUCAUUGCACUUAUGUGAUAACUUUAUUCGCACCUUCUACCUCACUCAGACUGGUUUCGUAGUCUGUGGCACUCAUGGACUUAAUCCUACAUGCGCGAAUUUCGUUGAAGGAGAGCGGAGUCCUCGUAGGAUGUUUGCUGGAGACGGCCUCGCACCGCAUGCUCCCGACGUCAUAGCGCCGUUUUUAUUUUCUGGUCGCUACUUGUACACAGCCAAUGCACCGGACUAUUCGUCAACGGAACUUCUGUUGAUGAGAAAGGAUCCCCUCAAAGUCGGCACUUCGGAUAUGCUACGAACAGGAAGAGGAGAGUCGCAAACGGACGGUGCACAGUUCGUCAAACUCACAGAGAAUAAAAAUGAAGUCCUGGCAUUCUUCUCUGAACCUCCCUCAGAAAGUGAAGGCUGCGGACUGCGACGAGUUGCUCGAAUUGGUCGAGUUUGCCGAGAUGAUACCGGCGGAACAGGAAAGCACCAACAUGAGUGGACGUCUUUUGUGAAAAGCCGUCUGGAUUGUGCUAUCGAGGGCAAGGACCAGGACACACUCUAUUUCAACCAGUUAGCUUCGGUGACUACUGGUGCUCAUUUUCUGUAUGGCGCCUUCCGAUCCCAACUUGCUGGCCUUGGAUCGUCGGCGGUGUGCGCCUAUUCGCGAGCCACCGUGUCGCAGACUAUGGCUAGUGCUUUUCGUAACAAAAAAGCAAAUUGCCCGAGAGCAAAUGACACUUACGAGCACACUUAUAUCCGAAACAAUCCUCUAGUUCCUACUAAGUUGUCCACCUCACCUUUGUUUGUACAUUAUGGUAGUGACCGGUUUGCUGAGAUACUCAUACAGGAGAAUAUUGUCGAUUUGGCUGGUCGUCACAGUACGGUGUUCUUCAUUGCCACUGAUCAGGGCAAAAUAUUCAAAGUUAUCAAGAAUACAGCCGAAGCGGAGGCGCGUCACGUCUCUUCCGUCAAAGCGGUUGAGGCGUCCUCACCAAUCGUUUCUCUAACAGCACACCUCGAACGACGGCCAAAUCAACAAACUACAAAGAAGCUGUUGAUCCUCACUCCAACCCAGCUAAUUCUACUCCCAUCGUCGAUGUGUAAGCGACAGCACACCUGCACGGAAUGCCUGUCCAUGGGUGAUCCUGAGUGCGCUUGGGUCCUGCACGGAGCUGAAUGUGUAGCAGUGAGUGAGAACAUCUUUCGACGCGAGUAUUUAACUCAAGAGAUUGGAAAGUGCAACCGUCAAGUUGACGAAAUAACCACAACCACAGAAGACCCGCCUCAACAACGAAAAAUGCAAUGCCUGUGCGAAUCGCCUACGCAGCUGCCAUGCACAACAGAAGUAUUUCAAAGAGAGGUGGUCACAAGUUCAGCUGAAUUUCUCAGCCCUUGGACACUUUUCUUGUUCUGCACAGGCCUCGCUACUGGCGCUAUGCUUAACCUGCUGCUGACAAGAUCAAGGGCACCGACGAAGAAGGCAUCGAUGUCUCCGCCUCGAAUUGAGGCCUACGCCAGUAUGCCGAAUUCCCACCUAUCAAACAGCAUGCAUUCCAGUAUCCAGACUUACUGCUGA